AUGCAGGAGAUCAAGGUGGGUGAACUUGCUGCUGAGCUUGAUUUACUAAAGUUGAAGUGCCCACAGGAUAAACGCUCUUUGACCAUGGGGGACGAGCCCUCAAGUCAUCACCUAGAUAUUUCACAAUCUUCAUUAUCCAUGCUAGGUGACGAGAAAGAAGAGAGUGAGGAUGCUCAAGAUGAGUUGGCCAGGAUAAAAAAUGAUAAUUAUCAUUUGAAAUUGGCUCUUGGAGAACAGCAGGACGAAUUGCUAAAAUUGAAAAGGAUUCUGGAAGAUAACGCUUUCCUUGAGAACGCACAUAGAUUUAUGCCGACAAAAUUUGAAGUUGAAGCACCAAGGACGCAACGUGAUCCCAAAUACUUGGUAAUGGCGGAACGAGACCCCAAAAUCACGGUGGAAAACUCACCGUCAAAAAAAUCGAUUUCUGAUUCUGAUUUCAUUAGCAGCUUCUCAGGAUCUCCCUAUAAGGGCAAUAGAGCACCAUCUUUGAAAACAGAAAGCUCUUUAGCGAGUACUAGGAUUUCAAAACUGCGAGAGGAGAAAAGCAUUUUUCAUGCUGCCAUAGUACCAUUUGUUCAAGAUAUUAUAAAUUCACUGAAAUGCAGCUUAGUUUUCAAAGAUGAAGCGAAUGAUCUACAGAAUCGAUUUAUUGAGUAUACUGAAUCAAAGCUGAGAAAGCCGGAAGAAAUUGUGCAGAUUCUAAAUGAUGUAGAAUUUUAUUGCAGACAAAUGGUAACUUUACUCAACAGGGAAUUGCAUUUCAAAGAAAUUUCACAGAGGUUGGAAUUUUUGUUCACUAUAUUCCUAGACCCAACAGAGUAUGGUUUAUGCCCUCAAGAACAUAUCGAUAAGUUGAAAGAUGAGAUCAUGGAUAGUCUCAUUAAAAUUUUCGAUUACCAUCAAGAUUCAUCUAAUGCAUUACUAGAUUCAAAGUACGAGGCAUUGCACAUGAAGGGGCCGCAAAGCCACUGCUCAGGUAUUGAUCAUUCUAAGAGACUCAGACAUAUUGAAGAGGGAAUUGACCUCUGCGCGGAGACAAUGCAGCAAGUAUAUGGCUGGAGAGACACUAGUCUAGGAAUCAGAAGUACUGCAAAAAGGACUCAAGUUAGUUCUCGCCCCACUACAAAGAGUGACGUCGAGGUGCUCAGUCAUCUUUCACAAUUCAAUAAUUUUGGUAAAGAUAAUCAUAAGCAAAAAGAAAACUUUGGUGAACUGGAGUUUAUACCAAUUGGUUACGACGAAAACAUCUUGCAAAAAGCAUAUAAGUAA